AUGGCCACAGCUAAAGAACUUGGGCCAGGCGGGCUGCGAGAGGAUGGGAGACCGAUCUUCAUAGCCACGGACCACACCAAAUUUACUCCCUCUACAAAGCAAGAACUUACCGAUCAGCAGAAGCUUGCCUGGAAGUCCUUCCAGCUUUGGCGUACGACACUUGGGAUAGAACGGCGUGACAAUGUGUAUAAGACGCUCACAAAUUCGGAUUACACCAACUUCCGCCUUGGUACCCACAUUUUAGGCACGCCGUACCCUGUCAUAGAAACUGUCCCGGGUUUCUUUGACGUGUUUAAGGCCGUGCGCUGGUAUGAGCACGCCAUUUCCCUAGCUGUUGCUUUGGGGUACGGUUAUUGGAUUCGGUCUAAGGCAUCGACGCGGUAUUCCCGUAUGAUGCCCAUGUCACGGACGUCCAUCACCAUGCUCACUUUCAUUUCAACUGAUUUGUGCUUCUGCUAUAGAAGCAUGUACAGGCUAACUGGCUACCUGCCAAAUGAGUACGAAUGUUUCAAAUACGGGGUUCUGGAGGAUAAAGAUAAACUUCAGCGAAAGAAAGAACUGUGGGAGAAGUACGCGAAUCACAAGAGGGAAUGGUGCCGUCGUUACGAUUACCAUGUCUAUGGUAUCCGACCCGGUGAGACCUUUUCUUUUUUCUCUGCGUGCAUGAUUCCCUCGUGGGAGCCCCGUUAUAAUACACGCACGGACUAUCCACCGAGAAAGAAUCCGUACUUCCUCACAUCCACGCCGCUACGUGACACAUUUCUUGAGUCCCCCUUUACAUAUGAAAUACCAAAGGAUGAAACAGUGCCGCUGGUGCGGGAGCGGCCUGAACUCAAGUAUUUGUACCGUGGGCCUGGGCGCACCACACCGCCGAGUGAUGAAAAGUAG